UUGCAGCACUCACAGUGCACCCAGGCCAGGCUGACAGUUAAACACAGGGCCUCAGCUGCGUCCACUUAAAAACGUCGGAGCGAUGCACUUCCUGGUUUUUAUUUACAUGGCUCUCGGUGGCUCUUAUAUAUAAUUCACAGCCAGGGAGAUGGAAUGAUCCUCGACAAACACGGCCGUACCUUGGGAGAGUAUUCCUGUGUCUUCGCUCUGGAGAUUGCACCCUCUCUGGCUCUGCACUGAUCUGGGGGUGGUGGACUGACUCCAAUGCUGCACCAUGGCCAAGGGCAACAAGCAGUCAAAAGAGCCCAAAGGCCGGAAGAUCACCCUGAAGAUGGCAAAGCUGGCACUGAAGCUGACCGUGGAUGGCAAGCGUCGGCUGGACCUCAGCAACAUGGAGAUCGCCAGCUUUCCCAAGUGCAUCCUGAAGCUGUGUGAUGUGGACGAGCUGGACCUGAGCCGCAACAUGCUCAAGAAGAUCCCUGACUCCAUCGACAAGUUUGUCAACCUCCGCUGGCUGGAUCUCCACAGCAACCAGCUGGACCACGUUCCGGAAGCUAUCGGGCACCUCCAGAACCUAUACAGCCUCAACCUGUGUAACAACCUACUGAGCAGUAUAGGACUCCCCAACGAGAUCGGCCUCCUGCAGAAGCUGAGGAGCCUCAACCUGGGCAUGAACCUCCUUGAAAGCAUCCCGUCCUCCAUCGCAGCCCUCAAGGAGCUGCGCCACCUGGGUCUGUUCAACAACCACCUGACCCGGGUGCCCGAGUGCCUCCGCAACCUGCCCCACCUUGAGAGCAUCAACCUGAAGUGUAACCCAAUCCCCUCGGGGGAUGACAAAGGCAUAGACCCCAUCCAGAGGGUGGAAUGUCUGUACCUGGUGAGGGAGAGCUGCCUGUGUGCCUCCUGCCUCAAGAAGGUCAAAGACGCCAGGCAGAGGUUGGACAGCAGGCUAAGCAGAGCACCUGCUCAUGGGAGGUCCAUCUUCGCCGGCCUGAUCACACCCAACUCGGUGGCGCAGGAGGACCAGGGCACCUGGAGUAAGGAAUCACACUAGGCCCAAGACAACAACAUCCCAGACAUAGUUUUUAUUUUGUAUUUUACCAGGUAAGUUGACUGAGAACACAUUCUCAUUUUCAUCAACAACCUGGAGAAUAGUUACAGGGGAGAGGAAGGGGGGAUGAAUCAGACAAUUGGAAACCUAGGAAAAAAAUAUACAGUACCAGUCAAAAGUUUGGGUGGUAUACAGAAAAUAGUCCAUUUUAUGGCAAGGACAACUCAAAUAAGCAAAGAGAAAUGACAGCCUAUCAUUACUUUAAGAGAUGGAGGUCAGUCAAUAUGGAACAUUUCAAGAACUUCUUCAAGUGCAGUUGCAAAAACCAUCAAGCUCUAUGAUGAAACUGACUCUCGUGAGGACCACCACAGGAAAGGAAGACCCAGAGUUACCUUGUGCUGCAGAGGAUACGUUCAUUAGAGUUGCCAGCCUCAGAAAUUGCAGCCCAAAUAAAUGCUUCACAGAGUUCAAGUAACAGACACAUCUCAACAUCAACUGUUCAGAGGAGACUGCAAGAAUCAGGCCUUCAUGGUCAAAUUGCUGCAAAAAACAACUACUAAAGGACACCAACUAGAAGAAGAGACUUGCGUGGGCCAAGAAACACAAGAAAUAGACAUUAAACCAGUGGAAAUCUGUCCUUUGGUCUGAUUUUUGGUUCCAACAGCCGUGGGAACUCCUUCAAGAUUGUUGGAAAAGCAUUCCAGGUAAAGCUGGUUGAAAGAAUGCCAAGAGUGUGUAAAGCUGUCAUCAAGGCAAAGGCUACCUUGAAGAAUCUAAAAUCUAGAAUAUUUUUUGAUUUGUUAAACACUUUUGUUUACUACAU